AGAGAGAGAGAGAGAGAGAGAGAGAGAGAUAGGAGAGGGUACAGUACGUACUACUACAUCUACAUACAUUCUACGAUUCUUCCAUUUCUUCCCUUCCCUUUCAGAUCUUUUUUUUUAUUGCAUGCCAAAGGAAGGUUAGGAAUUUUAUUAUACAUUACCUACCUAGUACCUACCUAGUAUAUCAACAAUAUCAACAAUACUGCUUGAGGAGUUUCAUUAUUGCCUCUCUUCCUCUCCCUCAUACUCAUACUCAUACGAUAUUGAGUUUGGACUUCUUCUUCAAGAUUCAUAUCUAACUUUCUUCCAAUUUGAGAGAUUCAGUCAACCUUUUCCCCUUCUCCAAUUUUGGUCCUUUCCUCAUUUGAUAUUGAUUCGUUUUGAUAUCGAUAUCAAAUUUCUUGGAAAUUCUUUGCUUUCAUCCCUUCCGUCGCAAGACAAGGCUGCUUCACUCUUCACUUGCAUUCGAACCCUUCGAACGAAAAAUACCUAUAAAAUUUUACUCAAAAUGGCUUCCGCAACGGUCCAUUUCUCUCACCCUGAACCCUCUCUAUUCACAUUUCCUCCAAAGGGCGACCCGCAAACUUUACCUCCUCCCAUACCAGGAUCGACACUUUCUGCCCCUCCAUUCGAAAUCGACCCCUCCUGGUACAAUGCCGCCCUCGAUGUACGAGUUCCAAUCACAAUUGCGGCUGUAUAUGCUGUAACGGUUACACUGGUCAAUCAAUACAACAGACGCGCUGGAAACAAAGCUUGGCCAAUCAGUAAAACCAGGGCAUUCUUCGUUUUCGUCGUGGCACAUAACAUUUUCUUGGCUGUAUACUCUGGAUGGACUUUUGUUGGCAUGUUUGGAGCUUUGAGAAGGUCAAUUCAAAACCCAAUGGGUCCAGCUGGUCUCGCCGGUACCGUCGAUAGUUUAUGCAAAGUACAUGGUGUUACUGGUUUGGAUAAUGCUAUGUCUUACAAUGCAAGCAUGUCGAAAUGGAACGCGGCAUUGCCAACUGAAUUCAAAUUGACAAGUGCCGGAACUCCAGACUCUACCGAUUUGGGAAGAUUAUGGAAUGAGGGACUUGCAUUCUAUGGAUGGUUCUUCUAUCUCAGCAAGUUUUAUGAGGUUCUUGAUACUGUUAUUAUUUUGGCAAAGGGAAAGAGAAGUUCUACCCUACAAACUUACCAUCAUGCUGGAGCUAUGAUGUGCAUGUGGGCUGGAAUUCGAUUCAUGUCACCACCAAUUUGGAUGUUCGUGUUUGUUAACUCUGGAAUUCACGCAUUAAUGUACACCUACUACACUCUUACAGCAUUCUCCGUACCCAUCCCACAAGCUCUUAAGCGCAGUCUUACAACAAUGCAAAUCAUUCAAUUCCUCGUUGGAGCUACAUAUGCCACCAUCCACUCCUUCAUCUCCUACACCGUCACCGUCCAAGUUCCAUCCAUCCCAGCUACCAUCUCCUCGGUUACUUCCUCGGCAUCCGUUGUCGCUACCUCCGCCGCUGCAAUCGCAACCUCGAGCGGAGUCGCUGACCUGAUCAAGAAACUUCUUUACCGCGCAGUUGGCGAAGAAGGCCUCGCCGAGAACGUCAACGCUCCAGCCGUCUCAGAUGUCGCUCAAGCACCAAUUGCUUCUAUCCCUAAAUCGCACUCUAAAAUCCCAACAUAUGUCACCGAGACCCGUACGAUUCCUUGUAUUGAUACCAGUGGUCAAACUUUCGCUAUCUGGCUUAAUGUCAUCUAUCUUACCCCAUUGACCUUCCUUUUCGUAAGAUUCUUCAUUAAAUCUUACAUCAGAAGAACAUCAGCAAGUGGAAAGAAAGCAGGUAGAAAAGCAAGUUUUGUAGCCGCGGAAAAGGCAGGAUUCGAUGCGUUGAAGGGUGUUGAAAGGGAGAUGACAAGAGGCGAAAGUAAGCUAUCUAAUGGCUUUGAGAAGAAUUGAAUGGGGAUAGCAGAAAGUUGGAAGAAUUCAACUUGGUGUGAGUAGUGAGAGGAACCCUACUUGACAAUAGGGUAUGGGUGUAUGGGAAAAUCCCCCAAGCACCAGGAUAAAAAAAAAAGAAAUACAUCAACGAACAGAUAAACAAACAAACAACAUAAACAGAAAACCCUUCAAGCAAGGGAACGGAUACACAAAAGGUCACUAGGGUGCAGGAUGGACGGUAUGGUGGGAGGCAAUGAAUUUGAGAAAGAAGCGCGCGUUACUAAAUCGUUCGGCUCGGAAGAAGAGAGUACGUACUGUAUUGGGGGGGGGGGGGGUGCGGUUUUAGUCUUUUUAAGCGUGCGAUGCG